GAGCCAGAAGUACAUUUCCAACAAGAAGGUCAUUAAUAAUGACACAAUCAAGUCUCCAUUUUGUCUCCUGGAACACAAAUGGUAUUAAAGAUACCACUAGGUCACCACAAAAGUUCUCAAAAUUGUUGAGCAGCCUAAGCAACCUUCAAGCUGAUGUUGCCUUUAUACAAGAGACACAUGUUGGUAGAGAUUGUUACCAAAUCUUGGAAGAUGUUCCAGGCUGGAGAUCCUACUUCACUGUGCACAGCUCCUGCAGAAAAGGAGUUGCUAUACUGAUAAAAGACAGUGUACCAUUUGAGUACAUAUGUCAUGAUGAGGAUUAUAGUGGAGGUUACAUUGUGCUCUUCUGUAAACUAUAUGGGGAACUAUACACACUGGUUAAUGUGUACAAUCAUAAAGACGACAGAAAUGUUUUGGGUAGACUGAAAGAGUAUUUGAUGGAAACAGCUGAAGGUGUGCUAGUGGUUGGAGGUGAUUUCAACACAGUUUUACAUCCCAGCUUUGAUCGGAGAUCAAAUUCUGUAGCAAAGCCUUCACCACUGAGAGAUUGUUUAGAAGAUUUUACAGUUUCUCUCAAUCUCAGAGACAUCUGGUCAUACAAACGCCCUACUGAUGAAGGCUUUACACGAGGUGAUACAAAUUGUCAAUCCAGGAUAGAUAUGUUUUUCCUUCCCAGAGGAAAAAAUGGGACGAGUGGCUAAUAUUAAUGUAGCACAUUAUGAAGCUGAAGUAGAGAGGCUUUCUGAUCAUUAUCGUCUUAUACUAAAACUCAAAGUUCAGCAAAGACCUAAAAUAAUCCUCCCAAAAGUUGCCUUAGUGUUGCCUAUGAAUUUUGAAUACGAAUUUGACGGAACACCAGGGAAGAUUAGUGGGGCAGAAAUACUGAGUGCCAUAAAGUCUUUGACAGUCUUAGAAGAGCACUCACAUUAUGAAGGUGUGAAAUACUAUAAAAAGAAUUGCUGUCAACUGUCUGAAAUCUUAAAAGCCGAAUACAAUACACUGAUAAAGAACAAAGAUGUAGUAGACAUCCGCACCUUUAAUGUUAAGUAUUUGAUAUUCCCACAGAUUUUAACAAAGCGUCUCAGUGAGUCCAUUUCCCCUUCUUUCAAAAGAAAGAUAGAGACAAAUCUUGAACCAUUUAUCACUGUGACAUUUGAGACAGGCCCACAGAAAAUCAAGUGGUCUUUCCUUGAGACAAAGCUCAAGAACUUUCCUGACCUCACACUGGAGUUAGACAUACUGGAUUACUUGCUCUCUAAAGAACAAGACUCUUCUGAACUCAGACUGUUGAAGCCUGGGUGUCCACUCACCAAAUUUAUCUUCAGUAUGGCUCUGAAUGAGCUAGAAGCCUUAGUUUUAUUAAACUUAUGUAAGGCCACUGUUUGCUAUCAAAGACAGGUUCUGCGCAUUAAUACAGCAGUCACACAGGAGUUUGUGGAUGUUUUCAUCAUCUAUUUCAAGGAAAUUUCAGGACUUACAAUACACAUGUUAACUUAAAAUAAAUACUCCAACACUGACUCGUACUUAUUACAUAUUUACUCAAAUUCAUUACAAAUCUCAAAGUCUUUUCUCUCAUUUAGACAAUGAUUGUAUGUUGUUUACAAAGUGUACAUUGUUUGUGUUGUGUUUAGGGGAUUUAGGUUCCAAUCCAAUCCAAUGGUUUUCCUCUGUUUUCACUUCUUAUACUUUAUGUCUCAUUUUUAUCUCAAUUUAUUUCUCCUAAUGAAUGAAACUUGACAAACGCCUAAACUAAUGUGCAAAUGAACCUCUAUUAGAAUCUCUAUUAACUCUCCAAUAUCAAAAAGAUGACUUUACCUCAAAAGGAAAAUCAUUCUCAAAUGUGUCUAUGCUGAGAAAAUAUAUUCACAUUGUUUUAGAUGUGUUUGAAUUGUGUUAGAAUUUAAUUUAUAAUUUUAAACAUUAAAGAUAAUGUUAAUUAUUGUAUAGUUAUAGAUUAAUGUGUGUAACAUGACUUAGUGAUAGAGCUUUCUAGAAUAGAUCUUAAAUUACAGUGAAGGCUAUUUAUAUAUUUAUUUUAUAGGUGGUUAAUGUUUCUAAAUAUUUUACUCUAUAAGAGAAUAUGCACAUCAAUUUGUU